AUGGCGGACUCGGUCUGUUGCGAUCCUUUAGCGAGCGAGAGGUGGCGAGAUAUUCGCCGUCUCACAGACAGGCCCUCAGAGUUCGCCAUGCCAUGGUUUGAAGCUGGUUCUGAGCUCGCACUUCUUAAAUUCUUAUUUUCUGCACGUGGUUGGAGUGCACUUAAUCACUUAAGUUUUUACGUAUUUUGGGCGCUUUCUGGUUUUCAAAACCUGGACGUUAUUGAUAUGGACACCAUCGAUGUCACGAAUCUCAACAGACAGUUCCUUUUUAGAGUGGGAGACGUUGGGAAGUCAAAGGCUGAAGUAGCAGCUGCCUUUGUUCAGAGUAGAGUAUCAGGCUGCAGAGUUGCUGCUCAUAACUGCCGAAUUGAGGACAAGCCACCAUCCUUCUACCGUCAGUUUUCCCUAGUUAUUUGCGGUCUUGAUUCAGUAUCGGCACGAAGGUGGAUUAAUGGCAUGCUUUGCGAUCUGGUGGUAAUGGAAGAUGGGAAAGUGGUCACAACCACAGUCAUACCACUCAUCGAUGGUGGAACUGAAGGAUUUAAGGGCAAUGCAAGGGUUAUCUAUCCGAAAAUGUCAGCGUGCAUUGACUGUACGCUGGAUUUGUUUCCACCGCAGGUGAACUUUCCUCUCUGUACUAUAGCGCACACACCAAGGCUACCGGAACAUUGUGUAGAAUAUGUGAAGGUAAUUCAGUGGGGCGAAGAGAAGCCGUUUAAUGCCGCCGUUCUAGACGUUGAUGAUCCUGCUCAUGUCGAAUGGAUCUUGGAGAAAGCCCUUGUACGAGCAAAAAAAUAUGGUAUCAAAGGUGUGGACCGUCGUUUAACUCAAGGCGUAUUGAAGCGAAUCAUCCCAGCGGUAGCCUCUACGAAUGCAGUGAUAGCUGCCGCAUGUGCUCUGGAAGCAGUCAAACUAGCCACAAAGUAUUGCGAGGCUGAUAGAAAAUAUUUCAGUGUUGCUAAGCCAAUCGAUAACUAUCUCAAUUUUACGGAUAUCGAAGGAGUGUAUUGUGGAGUGGUGAAGAUACAGCGGAAUCCCGAGUGUCAAACCUGCAGUACUGAUUACGUGCGUGUGCAGUGUCAGUACAACGACACACUUCAAGAUCUCGUUGACAAGCUUACCGAUAGAUAUCAAUUGAAGAAUCCUACUCUUGAGACGGCGAAGGAGAAGCUCUACAUGAUCAACGAGCUAAUACCUGAUCUCAGAGAAAAGAGCAUUGUGAAUCUCAAACAUCUACUCAGAGAAUUGCUAUCUCCAGAUGAAGAACUGCUCGUUGCCGAUGAGGUUCUACCGAAACCACUGCUGAUUAGGGUGGUUUAUACGGUGUAG